UCAGAUAAUACUUUUUAGGAGCUUUUUUUAGCCCUCUAAAUUGUGCCACUACAAACGCUGCCCAAGCUUCACGUCACCUUCAGUUUUAUAUUCACUUGGCUAACACCACAACAAAAUAGACAUCACACUGUGGAUCGCCGAUGCAGAUCCUGUGAAAACCAUCUCAGACUGGCUGCACAUAUUCCAUCCCGAGUAUCUGCACGCUUGCCAUACUCGUGUUUGUUCAACAGCACGAUUUUUGCGACAGCUGUGACGCCUCAGUCUUUCUUCACCCCACAUCCUUUUCUACUUCUUCUGAGACGAACGUCCCAACAACAAAGUCUCACAAGCAAACACAACAAGCUCACGCACUCCGCACUCCACCGUCAAGAAUUCACAAUGGCUGCAAACGACGAGUUUGCAGAUACUCAAGACCAGAUGGAAACCCUCACCCUCAAGGGCAAGCCUGAUGGCCGUGGCCGUGGAGCUGGCGCUCCUAGACAGCCCAAAGCUGCUGGUGGCGGCGGUGCAAACGACUCAAAGCACCGUGAAUUCCUUAUAAGCAAGGCUCUCAGUUUGCUUUUGCGACACAAGGCUGCUGAGGCUGGUAUCGAGCUGGACAGUGAGGGCUUUACUCGCUUGGACAAGGCACUCCAGUGGCAGAGACUGAAGAGUCUCAAACCCACCUUCGCCGAGAUCAAGGCUGUCGUCUCAGACAAUGCCAAGCAACGCUUUCACAUGAAGCCUACUCCAGGAUCUGACGACCCGGACUCCACCAACCCGGCUGAAUGGCUCAUUCGCGCCAAUCAAGGACAUAGUAUCAAACUCGAUAGUGAAGGUCUGCAUACACCCAUUACGCUUGAGGCUGGUAACAUUCCGGACGUCGUCGUCCAUGGCACCUACUUCGCAUUUUGGCCCAAGAUUGUCGAGAGUGGUGGCUUGAAGAAGAUGACCCGCACCCAUGUCCACUUCGGUACAGGACUGCCCGAGGAUGGCAAAGAGGGCUCGCAGGUUCAUGAUGAGGCCGAUGAAGUCGCUGUGGAGGCUACCAAGGAGGCUGAAAGACCGAAAGUCAUCAGCGGCAUGCGAAGCGAUGCCGAAGUCCUUGUCUUUGUCGAUGUCGCAAAGAGUCUCGAGGACGGCGAAAUGAAAUGGUGGCUGAGUUCCAAUGGUGUUGUCUUAACAGAGGGCAAUUCGGAAGGCGUGGUCCCCUUGAAGUAUGUCAAGGAGGCACGAGGCCGCAGGCAAGGUGUGGGUGAGCUCUGGAAGAAUGGUGAGAAGGUUGCCGAUCUUCUGCCUUCUGUUGUGGCUAGAAUCCCGAUGGGUAAGAAUCGACAUGGCCGUGGUAGCAAGGGUGGCCGCAGAAGUGGCGUGAAAAGCGCUGCUUAGAAAGCUCGUUGAUAUGAUACCAUCUUCUCGGCCAUCUUCGGCAGAUUGUACAGACCAUGAAGUUUGUAUCACAGUCUCAACAUAGAGUAGACUGAACUCCAGACCAUGAAGUUUGCAUUGCAGUCUUAACACAGGAUCGACUGAAUAAUGAUAAGUAUCGAAA